AAGUUAAGUGCCAGCAAUAAUGCCAUUGUUUAGCAUGACUAGAUUGUAAUUGAAUGCACUUUGUUUCAUGAAAAUCAGUUCAGUUUUGUGCAGUGACGACUUUACAGUUUGUGGUGAAAAACAGUUGUGGAAUCAAGGGAUCUCCAUUCAGUUAAUCUCAUUUUCAUUCAGCCUGAAGUUUUCAUGAAAAUCAUUGAAAAGGUACACUUGAUAAUGGAAGUUAAUGGAAAGGUACAUUUGAAAAGAGCCAAAUAAUAACACCCUGCGAAAGACGCUGGAGUAACGAAGGUGAUGUUCAAUAUGUUUCAAUAUUUCUCCUACCACAGCAAUCAAUCUGUUUUGCUGCUGCCGGAUUGAUGCCGGUCGCCAUGAUAAAAUCGUCACUGUGUGUGUGUGUGUGUGUGUUGGAAAAUAAACAUUUUUCUGAUUUGCUUAUUAUUCUUCAUAAUUUUGAGCUCAUCUAAGACUCCCAUUCACAAUUUUCCUCUUAAUUGAGUUCCAGAGGAAGUCACUCCCCUGACAUGCUUGAUCAUCCUGGAGAAGCUUAUGAUUGUAGCUGAAUCUAAAGCAGGAAUUCUUACUUAUGCAAACAUGCUUAUGUAGAAGUUGGUGCCUGUCUGUAUUCUGUUUUGGUAUGCAGGGAUUGGUUAUGGGGUGACAAUAUCAGCACCGCACAUGCAUGGUCAUGCUCUGAGCCUCCUCAAAGAUCACCUGAAAGAGGGCAGUAAGGCCUUGGACGUUGGCUCUGGAUCUGGCUACCUCUGUGCAUGCAUGGCAUUACUUGUUGGAGAGACAGGGAAGGUGAUCGGGAUCGACCACAUCCCUGAACUGGUACAAGAGUCAGAGGUGAACGUGCAGAAAGCAAACGGGGACCUCCUGAACUCGGGACGACUAGUAUUGGUAGUCGGCGACGGGCGGGAGGGCUACCCUUCUGAGGCGCCAUACGAUGCCAUCCAUGUCGGGGCGGCUGCUCCUACCUUACCCAAAGCCCUGGUGGAACAGCUGAAACCCGGCGGGAGACUCGUGAUCCCUGUCGGGCCCGAGGGCGGGAGCCAGCAGUUGGAGCAGAUCGACAAACUGGAGGACGGGAGUAUACAGAGGACCUCAUUGAUGGGGGUCAUGUAUGUCCCCUUGACCAACAGGGAAGCCCAGUAUCCUGGGCGAUGGAAGUAGAGUCGUUCUUCUAUCUCUCCUCUUCUUGUUAAUUGCGAAGGCUGGAAUGUUGUUGUGAUCAUCGAUUAAACUUUGAUGCUCUUCUUUUUUGCCGGUUACCACUGCUUCAAAGUUUGCUUUUUCUGCUUGUCAUGAGAUUCUGUGUUUUCCUCCUUUUCACUUAGACGUGAUAAUCAGUAUGUAGCAAGAAAAUUGAUUUUGGGUGAUUUUGCAUUCACC